AAAACUUUCAACUAUUUCUAUUUCUUCUGUGUCAUUUAAGAAGCUUUCCAAGGUGCACUGUACCUCUCAGACCAGGUCUUACUCAUAGAGGAAAUCUGAUCUACAGCAGCACGGAAACAUCAGCGGUGAGAUGGCGAGACAAAUUCCUUAGGGAGCUGCCUGUUUUCAAGCCCAGUGUUCAUGAUAUGAUCCAGCUGGCUUACAGAAAUCAACAACCCACCUGUGAAUAAUGGUUAAAAACGGAUCCCACCUGGACGCUUUGACGCUGGCAAUGCUGCAGAAUAAAACGGUCACCAUCACCCUCCCUGUUGUGUAUACAGUGGUGGCUCUGGUCAGCAUCCCUGGCAACUUGUUCUCCCUUUGGGUGCUCUUUUGGCACAUCAAACCCAAAACACCGUCUGUUAUCUUCAUGAUCAACUUAAGCAUCACGGACCUUAUGCUGGCCAGCUGUUUCCCCUUCCAGAUUGCUUAUCACCUCCAAAACAAUCACUGGACAUUUGGCAAGACUCUUUGCAGCCUUGUGACAGUGAUGUUCUACUCCAACAUGUAUUCUUCCAUACUGACCAUGACUUUUAUCAGCGUGGAGCGGUACAUGGGUGUGGUACACCCCAUGAAGUUGACCAAGUGGAGAAGAAAAAGAUAUGCUUUGGCUGCCUGCCUAGUUAUGUGGAUGUGCUUGCUACUAGCCUUCUACCCACUAGAAACUACAGACCUGACCUAUGAAGUGAAAGAAUUAGGCAUUAUAACCUGUUUUGAUGUCCUAAAAUGGGAUAUGCUGCCCACCUUUGCAGCUUGGGUAGCCUUUCUCCUCGCUUUAUUUGUUCUGCUGUUCUUGAUCCCUUUUGUUAUAACAGUUGGAUGCUACAUUGGUAUCAUUAGGAAGCUAAUUCAGACAUCAAGCAGAUAUGGCAAUAAGCAAAAGACUAGAUCCAUAUACUUGGCAGUAAUCGUCCUUCUGUCCUUCAUCACUUGCUUCGCCCCCAAUAACUUUAUCCUACUUGCACAUAUGAUCAGCCGCCUAUUUUACAACAGCAGUUUGUACCCUGCCUACAAGCUCACCUUGUGCCUCAGUUGCUUCAACAACUGCCUAGAUCCCUUCAUUUAUUAUUUUGCAUCAAAGGAAUUUUACCAGAAAUUCAUGCAAAUGUUUCGGCCUAAGGUACUGCUCAGUGACAGCUCGGAAAACAGAAGGGAAAGUUUAUUCUCUGGCAGGACUAUGUCAGUCAGGUCAAUGUCAAGUGGACCUAUGGAUGGGUUAGAGGGAGUACAGGUCAAUUUGCAAAGGCAGGAAAGUGUUUUUUAGCUUUAGAUAUUCCCAGAAGAAAGAUACCUGUGAAAUUUAUGAGUAGACACAGAAAACAUUUCCUUUUGUAUGGCCACACUCAAAAUACCUUGCUCCAGUGACAGAACUCAAGCUGUACUUAAAUCGCAUUUCAACAUUUUCUUGUCAGAAACUAGUACUAAAGUACUUGAAUUUGUUCAAGAAGGCACUGAAGCAAAACAAACAUGGUCAGCCUGGAAAUAGCAGCCUUUGCUGCUUAAGACCGAGGGAUUGGUUUAGAACAGUUACUCUCAGGUUGUAUGGUAGUUAACCAAAGACUUGUGAUUCUCAAUGAAUGUGAAAUAUUACUGUACAUGAAUUAGAGCAUACACCAAAGCUGGUUUGGGACUAAGGGAGUUGUUUUUCUAAGUAAUGUGCUAAGCUUUGUUUUUGUUUUUGGAGGUUUUUUUCAAUUACAUUUCUUUCUCUUUUGUUGUAUUUUUAUAAAAGAAAUAAUAAAAGUAGCAUGGAAUUUUACCAUUAAUGCAUAAUGCACAGCCACUGUGAAAUCACCACAACACUCACCCAACUGCUUGUCAAACCACACUGACACUUGAAAAGGUUAGGUUGACUCAUAUAAUUUAUUUCAAUCUUAUACAGCAAAACAUCUCAUACGAUGAAAGGAAAGCUAACGUUUUCAAAUACUGCUGCAUUUUUUGAAGUAAUUAAUUUCUCAGGACUGUGGGGAGCAGUUUAUUUAAGGAAACAGACUUUCCCACCUUAACCUAUGACAGUACCAAUGCUGCUUGUAUGUGGUUAGUAUCAACUGGUCAUUUUCACCAAUUCACUGUAGGCUACACAUAGAAGAACCAUCCUCCUCAGCAGAAUUUAGCUUUACAUAGUGCCUGGGGAGUGCGUUUUUCUUUUUUACAGAGAUGGUGUAGAUUAUAAAACAGAUUAUUUUCAGCUAGAUAAAUGAAAAUUCAACCACAGACUGGAGAGUCAUUCUGUGCCAGCAGAAACCAGCUGAAAACUUUUCCUCAUGGCCAGAUGUCAGAAACAGACUUCUUUCGGGCAGGCAAGAAGAAAGAAGAAAAGAAAGAGGAAAAUAAGGCUUGAGAAUGGGAGUUGGUUGUACCAAACACCCUGAAAAUAAGUUAUGGCAGGUGUGAUGAGCAGUCCUGUGUUUGGAGCCCUCCUCUGAAAUAUCUUUCUACAGCUUGUUUGCAUAUUCUGUGCCAUGUUUACUUCUUCUCACAUCUCAACAACUGCCUGCGUGCUUAGAAAGACAACUGCUACAGAACAUGCACUGGGGACAGAAAAAGAUAAGUUUUUCCUGGAGUAUUUACAGCUUUUUACCUAUAUUUGACCCUCAUUGGCAAAGGAGAGACACAAACCACCUGAGAAGAUCAGAGAAGUCCCGCUCACAAGCAAGACAAAGCUACACCUUUGCUGCACUGCAACUCCAUCCAACACAGGAGGAAGCUGUGUGCAGCAUUGUGGAUUGUUGGUUCAGACAUCUCAUGCUGCACUGAUUCCUGAGAUCCUGUGCCUAAGUAAUAGGCAACACCCAAGGCCCUUAAAUUAUGUCAUUUUUUUUUUUAUAUCUCAUGAUUAAAAAAGUUUUCCACCACUAAUCACCGUGAAUUUCUUCACAGGGAAGGGUAGAAAACCACAACACGCAAAGUGAGAUAUUCUAAUGUCCUAUCUUCUACUAAAGUAUUGUCAGUUUUUGGAGCAGAAUCAAUGUGAGUGGACCUAGCACUACCACUUACAAACCAAUGUGAACAUUCAAUGCUUUGUGGCAUUUCACAGUGUCAGUUUUAAUUGAUCUGCACAUUUUCUAUGUACAAGGCCAACUUUAGUGAUAGGUAACUCACCUAAACCCUCCCAUCCAUUUGCCUGGAAGCUACCCUUCAUUAUUCACUUUCACAUUAUUCCAGCUUUCUCACUAUCACAAUUGUUAAAUUGUUUUCUGCAUUUUGUUGUAGCAGAAAAUUUUUUGAAGUUUAUACUGAAAUUGCUCUCCUUUUUUCUUUUAUUUUUUAACAUAGAAAUAUUUUUACAUUGAAAGCCUUCACUUCUCCUACAUCUAAGGCCGACUUCGUUUUAUCUUGAACAUGAUCCUCAAGUGCAUAGUCCUUCCUAAAAUAUGCUGCAAAGUGCCUGAACUAUAACUGACACAAAAUAGCGCCAAAAGGGCAGAAACCUUGCACUUUGGACAUCAACUGCUAUAUUUUGAAAAAUAGCAAAUUGCUCCUUUUUCAAGUGAGAUGCUCACAACUGCCUGAAAAUAUUCUCUCCAACCUCAUGCAGCUCUUCAUAACCCUUCAUGUCUCUUCUGAAAAUGUUUAAAAGGAACAGCAAGGAUGCCUCAUUUGAGUACACUUCAUGCCAUUUCACUAGCUAGCCUCCAGUAGCUCAGAUUCUUGAUUGGGUCAGUGGGAUUGUUCCUUGAGAAACGAACAUAAAAAUGAGCCCAUCAACAGCAAUCCUUCAAGUCCAGUGGCAUAUACUGUGAAGUCUUGGAGAGUUUUAUUAAAGAGGAUAAGAAUAAAUUAUUAUUAAAAGAGGUCCAUCAUGCUGUUCUUUGAUCCUGGAAAUAUAUCCUUCUGGAGCAUCAUAAGAAUAAUGGUUUCUAUGCUCCUUGAUCAAUGAGUGUAAGUUGACAUUCAUAUAUAUAUAUAUAUAUAUACAGAAAAAUAGGCAUAUAAAUAUGUAUAUAUUUGCACAUUGC